GUCGUUUCUGGUUCUACGCCAAGGAGUACACUCCCCCGGGCGAGGUAUGCAUUCCCCAAUACAGUCCCGAGCCGAGCGUCCCGCGGCGCCUCAAUGUCCGGUCGCUGCCGCGCGAGCAGGAGAAGGUGGUGAAGGAUAUGCGCCAAGCGAUCCAGGCGCUAAAAGAUGACGGCCUGACGGCGGUCGACAUGUACAACUGUUGGCUUGGCCGGCGGCUGAUCCCCCUGCGGUGCCGAGCUCACCCCAUGUGGGAGUACCGGGGACAGAACGACCGCACCCGGUCGACGGCGACCGAGUGGGACGAGGGCGAGUACCGGAAGGCGCUCGCUAAGAUCACCACUGCCACCUUUACUUCCUUCGAGGACGGCUUGCAGCCCUACACCGAAGACACCCCAGCGCCUCAGCGUUGGCGGAAGAUCGCGGACCACCUCCCUCCUCUCGCCGGAAAGGAACCACCGGAGAUGACCGAAGGCGAGGAGGAAGAGGUCGACGAGGAGGAGGAGCGCACCGAGUCGGACUCGGAGGCGCGGGACUUCAUCAGACUCCCGCGCGGGUCGAAGAGGGGUGCCGAGUCCUCGUCCCAGGGCGCGGCUGAAGAGGAGGCGACCUCCCGUCCGGAGGACAAGGCGGAGCCCUCCAAGGAAGGGGCCGAGCCGCUAUCGAAGCGACUGCGCCCCACUCUCCUGGAAGGGUCCAUGAGGCUUCAGCGUCCCUUGAAGGACGCGAUCGAUGCGGGAGCUCGGGCCGGUCCGGGCGUAAAAGCGAUUCCCACGGUGAAGUCCAAGAAGAAGACCUUGGCGAAGCCGCCCGCGGCCGGGGUGGCGGCCACGAGGGCGGCCGAGGCAAAGAAGAAAGCCGCGGAGAGGAAGGCGGCGCCGUCCGACCUUGGGGGUUUGGAUAUCCAUCGAAUAUCCACGGAGCAAAAGCGUUGUCCGUGCCCGCUCCAUGAAUUAUCGGAUAUCCGCCCCAUGAAAUCCGUGGACACAAUCAACCCUCCAUACCCGUGCCCGGCGGGUCGAAUAUCCAUGGAUACCCGGAUCCGUGGAUAA